AUGUCAUUCGAACAAGCACAUAACAGAAAUGACAUGAAAGAAUUAACUUUUGUUGUAUUGAAGUAUUGUUCUAAUAAGCUUGGAUAUAGAUUGGACAAACUUAGGGAAAAUAUAACCAAUGAAGGAGGCAAGAUAAACGAAGUAUAUAUUGAACCUUUCUUGGAUUAUGCUAAAACUAGAAUUGAUGUUGAUGAUAUGUAUGGGAAAAAACCCGCUAUAUCUAGGGUUUGUUACAAUUAUUAUCAAACAGUAAAAAAGGAUUCGGCAAUUCUGAAAAAAUUUCUAAAACAUAUCAAAAAAAAGUGGGAUCUUAUAUUGGAAUUGCAAUUAUUGAAUCCUGAUACGGCUGAUCAAACCACAUUUUCAUGGAAUAAUAUCGUCAAAAUUUUUUUACCUGUUCGAGAAGAAUAUAAUGAUUUUAAGAAAAGAUGUAUGAAAGAUCGUGCGAUAAGAGAAAGUCUAGAACGUAUAUAUGGUGGUGACAAGGAAAAGAAAUUUAUAGCGAUAUCUAAAAGAUGCUGUUAUUUAUGUGAAUCAUAUAUCAGAUUUGUAAAUUUCAAAGGAUAUAAAAUUACCGUUUCUGAAUCACACAAGAAGUUAUAUCAUAGAUGGAAACUACCAAAUACCUUUAAGCAGGAAUUCAUGGAAGAUAUUGUGUUUGACUUCGAUGGGAUCAUAGAGAGUGAAAUAAAAUACCAUAUUCAUAUAAAUUCUGAUAGUGAUCCAGAAAGUGGUGAUUCUGAUAUUGAUCGAAAUUUUAGUACUACUUUGAGUUAUGCUGAUGAUUUAUUGGUUUAA